UGGAUGCGGCCAGCCAGUAGCCAAAAGGGCAAAGUGCAAACUAGUAGCUUUAAAAUCCACUUUUAAUCCACUCUAGUGUAGCACACUCCAGCAAAUCUCUCCUCAGGAGGCAUCAAGUGAAAAGGUAUCUCCCACCCUGAGGCCUCCCAAGAUUUCCAAUCUAAUCCACUGGUGAAGACCUCAAGAGUUGGUCGUCAUGGCGACCGCACAGACAACUAACGCUAACGGUGUGAGGCACAGAUGCGUCUUAGGCCAUAAAAUGGAUGACCUGACAAAUCCUGUUGGUAUCGAAUCAAAGACGGAUGAUGCGGCGCAGUGGCACAAGCAUGUGCAGAGAGUGAAGGUGAAGAUUUUGCAGCAGGUCCAGGAUCAGCUCAGUGAUAUUCUAGACACAACACUGACCGAGCCUGUCCAUGCGUCCGUUAAUGGAAAGACGUCUAACAUUUCUUCACCAUCCAGGAUGGACGAUGGAAAAGUGUUUAUGGACCGAGCAUCACUGCUUGAUGAGUUGUUUGAGAUCAGCCACAUCAGAACCAUCUACCACAUGUUUGUCGCUGUGCUGAUCAUCUUCUGUGUGAGCACGCUCGCUGUAGACUACAUCGACCAGGGCAGGUUGGUCCUGGAGUUCGACCUGCUCUUCUACGCCUUUGGCAAGCUGGGAACAGUCACCUGGGUGUGGGCGCUUAUGUUCGUCUACACCCUGCUGGUUCCCUACUACACACUACUCUUUUGGGGUUCUUUUUACCACCGGUGCCCCUCAAAGUUGGGGCUGUCCGUGUGCACGGCUUUGGUCCUGGCUGCCCUCCAGGCAUCAGUUCUUGGACUUCUGCCCAUCUACGCAGUGGUACAGCACCAGCUGCCACCAGCCUCCCGAUUCAUAGUCAUAUUGGAGCAGAUUCGAUUUCUUAUGAAGAGCUACUCGUUUAUGAGGGAAUCUGCCCCUGAAAUUUUGAAGAACACACCAAAACAAGGGGAAAAGGUCCACAUCCCAACAUUUUCCACUUACCUUUACUUCCUUUUCUGUCCUACUCUCAUCUACAGGGAAUCAUAUCCCAGGAACACACACAUUAGGUGGAAGUACGUCGGUGUCACUGUGACCAUGAUAUUAGGCUGCCUGUUUUACGGCUACUUCAUCCUGGUGCGCCUUUGUGUGCCCGUGUUUACGUCGGAGAGCCACCAGCCUUUCAGCAAGCGAGCUAUGGUCCUCGCUGUCUUUCAUUCCAUACUACCAGGCAUCAUGCUUCUCCUGUUGUGCUUCUUUGCCUUCCUGCACUGCUGGCUCAACCUCUUUGCAGAGCUGCUCCAAUUUGCUGACAGAAUGUUCUACAAGGACUGGUGGAACUCUACGUCCUUCGCUAACUACUACCGCACGUGGAACGUGGUGGUGCACGACUGGCUAUAUUACUACGGAUACAGGGACUUCCUCUGGCUGUCAAGGCGGAAAUUCCGCACGGGCGCCAUGUUGUCCGUCUUCAUCGUGUCUGCCGUGGUCCACGAGUACGCCUUGGCCAUGGGCUUCGGCUUCUUUUACCCAGUCAUGUUUUUCCUCUUCGCCAUUUUCGGAGUUGUCUUUAACUUCACCAUGAAUGACAAGCGCCAGAGCCCCGUGUGCAACAUCAUCAUGUGGCUGUCUCUAUUUGUGGGUCAGGGGGUGCAGGUGUGCCUCUACUGUCAGGAGUGGUACGCGCAAAUACGAUGUCCUCGCACAGGGAAUAGCAUUUGGGAGCUGGUGACACCGCGUUCCUGGUCGUGCAGCCACCAAAAAUGAACCCAGACAGUGAAAAGGGUUCCAGACUCAUAUUCUAUCAUCAUAGUGGAGGUUACCAUUGCUCAAACAGCUUAAACGGAAAAAGAAAAGAAAAAACCCAUGAUGCAACAAUUGGAUUUAUUGUUAUGCACUGUAUAUACUUUUUUUCUGUGGCUUAAGUGUUUUUUUUUGUGUAAAUUUGUAUUUUUUCCAGUCAAAAUGAGGAAGAAUUGUAUGAGAAUGAAUAUGUUGGGUUUUGUUUGUUGGGAGGAAAAGUCAAUAAAAAAAAACUGUUUUAGUACAUGAGAUUAAAAUGGUAAUUUGUAUUUUUCAUUUAGAGGACAAUUUUGUUUUGGCGGAAAAAGGUCAGCUGUUAUGUAAAUUGUAAAUGGUGUGAGUAUCAUUACAAUUUUUGCAAUUGAAAAUUUUACGAUUUUAAGAUUAAAGUAAUAUUUUUUUCAAUAUUUUUAUUUUACACAGAAAUACAUUUACUUUAACGUUGUUUCAGUUUAGCCCCCCCAAAAUAUUUAUUACUAUAUAGAAGUCUUCUUAAAGGGAUCCAUGGAUAGACAGACUUGUAGUUCCUAAAAAAUAAUUGGAUAUUGAAACCCCUCUUGAUGUUUUCGCAUUUAUACAACUUGUAAAAUUAGUUUAACUAGUAGGUUGCCUUUUUUGUUGACGUUGCAGGGCGGUGACAUCACAUGUUUACGCUGCCAGGCUUCCAGAGUAUGACUCCAGCGACAUAAACAUGUCAUCUGUUCACCCCUUUACAUUUAAACCUGAGAGGAGCAUUAAUGAGCAUUACAGCAUUAACAAUAUUUCACAAAACGAGCAGCAAAAGCAAAAUGAACAGGAAGACUGGAUGAGACGAGUAGGGGAAAAACGGUGUUCUGCAAAAAUGUGCUCCACCGGCGAAACGUCCCACAAGAGGCAAAUUUGACACCCAAAGUACUACCGUGCUUUGUGAAUCAGCUUGAUUUGUUUAGAUGCAUACAGACAGAACAUACUAAAUAUGCCUUAAAAAAAUACAUGACCGUAGUAAUAUCAAAUAAGGGUGGUUUAAUUAUGCUACGUGACAAUGUGGUCAUGCGAAAAGUAUUUUGAGGCAAUGAAAAGGUAAUAGAAGACACAAUAAAAGCACAAAUAGUAUGUACACACCGCUUUUAAACAAUGAGCGCAUGUGUUGGACGUCUCGCCGUGUAGAAGGAAUUGCAGUAACCUGGUAGUAUUCGUCGAGUGACAGUAACAAUCUAUGUCAUUAUCUCGAGCGUCCAUUGCAGGUAUAAAAAAAAACAUGGCGCCCUCCAUAGGUGAAAACAUGUACUACAUAUUUGAUUUUUAAUUCAACUGCAAUAUUUCAUGAGUUUCUUAUAACAUAUUUUAGUAAAAAAAGAGAUCAAUUGCAGCUUAUUAGAUCCUACAAGUCUUUAAGUCCGAGGUUCCCUUUAAAAUUAUCACGUGCCAUUUUUAUUUAACACAAGAACUGAACCAUUUGUUGACUUUUUUUCAGAAGAUUUUUCAGACCUUGAUUGUAAAUUUUACAAGGUUAAGAAAGGUUCAGAUACAAAUCAAUAACUCAGAAUUGUAAAUCAAGAAAAAAAAUCUUUCAUUUUAUAAGAUUAAUGUAUUUUUGGAAAGUCAAGGUUAUAUUUUUGAGGGGAAAAAAACAAUGUAUUAUGUAGAAAUUUGUAAUAAAAAAAAAAAAAAAGUCAUACAGCCAUACAAGAAUAAUCUUACUAGACUCAAAUAGCAAGUAGGUCCUACUCAGUGGCUGCCACUGACGGCGACAAACGUCCAAUCCAUUUUGAUGGCAGGACUCCACCCCCAGUCAAAUUGGAUU